AUGGCGAGGCGCUCAGGCACCCAAGGAGAUGGCGGCCAUGGCAGGUGGCGUUGGGCUCAGGCAGCACCUGCUGCUGGCCUGCGAGAUGGCGCGAGCCUCCGACCGGCUUCUCCCAUACGGCUGCUCGGAUGUGGGAUGGAGGCCAUGGCGAUGCCACCGAGCCUCCCGGCGGUUUCGGGCGCGAGCUGGUGGCCACAGAGCUUCCCAGCCGGCAGCAAAGGGGCAAGCAGCAGCGGCGGCCGGCAACAUGCGCACGCAGCAGCGGCAAGCAGAGCGCGCACGCAGCAGCAGCUUGCACAACAUCAUCCUCAGAAGUUGGCAAACCAUCCAUCUGCUGCCGACCAUGAUGCAAAAAACAAGGACGCCCCGCAAAUGCGUGUUCAGCAGGUACUUGAAGGAUGCAUCAAAUUAUCAGGAUAG